AUGCUGCUUCUGCAAAUUCCAUUGCUAACUGUUCUCCUCGCAGCUGGUGACAAUGAAGAUGCCUUCCAGGAGGAGAUCUCCUUUAAAAUUAUCCUCAGCUCAUCCUUCUACAACCGUUCCUGGGUGAAAAGUCAGAACUCUGCUUGGCUGGGUGACUUGCAGACUCAUGGCUGGGACAGCAACUCUGGAAGAAUUAUUUUUCUGCGACCUUGGUCUAAGGGCAACUUUAGCAAGGAAGAGAUGAAAGAACUGGAAAAGUUUUUCUAUCUGUUGUUAAUUGACGUGCCUCUAACAAUUCAAAGGCAUGCCAGUCAAUGGAAGUUUACAUAUCCCUUUGAGACUCAGAUAACAGGAGGCUGUGAGCUGCACCCUGGAGGAGCCAUAGUAGACUUCAGUCAAUUAGCUUAUCAAGGAUCAGAACUCCUGCACUUCCAGAACAAUUCCUGGCUGCCAUCUGUAAAGGAUGAAAUUACAGCUGAGCCUAUGAGCAGAGUAUUCAGUCAGUACCAUGUCUCCAACAAAAUAAUACGGAGGCUGCUCAGUGACACCUGCCCACGUUUCCUCUUGAGCAUUCUUGAUGCGGGGAAGGCAGAUCUCCAGAGAGAAGUAAAACCAGAGGCCUGGCUGUCCACUGGCCCCAAUCCCGGUCCUGACCGCCAGAUGCUGGUUUGCCAUGUCUCUGGCUUCCAUCCAAAGCCAAUUUGGGUCAAGUGGAUGCGAGGUGAACAGGUACAGCAGAGCACUCAACAGAGUGGCAUCUUGCCCAAUGCUGAUGGGACAUGGUACCUUGAGGUUUUCUUGGAGGUGGAAGCCACUGAGACAUCUGGCCUAUAUUGCCGGGUGAGACAUAGCAGCCUGGGAGGCCAGGACAUCCUCCUCUACUUGGCCUUCCAGGAGCAGAUCUUCAAAAUGAUUUACAGUUCAUCCUUCUACAACCGUUCCUGGGUGAAAAGUCGGCACUCUGCAUGGUUGGGUGAUUUGCAGACUCAUGUCUGGGACAGCAACUCUCAGACUCUCAUUUUCUUGCGUCCUUGGUCCAAGGGCAACUUGAGCAAGAAAGAGAUAAAAGAACUGGUAGAGUUCCACCGUUUGUUCUCUGCUCAAAUGCCCAACCAACUUCACAGACAUGCCCGUCAAUGGCAGCUUAAAUAUCCCUUUGAGAUUCAGAUAACAGGAGGCUGUGAGCUGCACCCUGAGAAAGGCAUGGUAAUCUUCCUGAAAGUUGCUUAUCAAGGAUCAGAGCUCAUGCACUUCCAUAACAAUUCCUGGCUGCCAUCUGUAAAGGAUGAAAUUACAGCUCAGCCUAUGAUCAGACGAGUCAAUCAGUACCAUAUCACCAACAGAAUAGUACAGAGGCUGCUCAGUCACUCCUGCCCACCUUUCCUCUUGAGUAUCCUUGACGCGGGGAAGGAAGAUCUUCAGAGAAAAGUAAAACCAGAGGCCUGGCUGUCCACUGGCCCCAAUCCCGGUCCUGACCGCCAGAUGCUGGUUUGCCAUGUCUCUGGCUUCCAUCCAAAGCCAAUUUGGGUCAAGUGGAUGCGAGGUGAACAGGUACAGCAGAGCACUCAACAGAGUGGCAUCUUGCCCAAUGCUGAUGGGACAUGGUACCUUGAGGUUUUCUUGGAGGUGGAAGCCACUGAGACAUCUGGCCUAUAUUGCCGGGUGAGACAUAGCAGCCUGGGAGGCCAGGACAUCCUCCUCUACUUGGAACACCAUCACAGCUCCAAGGACUGGAUCAUCCUGGCAGUGAUGGUGCCCCUGGUGCUCCUGACAGCUCUUGCAUUUUGGCUUAGGAAGAGCUGGUCACACUGUGAGCUUCCUGUCAGGCUUCUUCCUUUGAAAUGA